AUGCCGGGACGGCACAGAUCUGUGGCCUCUUCCGCCGAGAAGAGUGCCGGCGACCGUGGAGACAUGGAGGACGUCGAGAUGGGGGCGCGCCUGGAAUCAGGCGGCGACGCCGCGCCAGACGAAAACACCAAACUGAAGGAGAGGCAGCGCGUGGCGGACGACUUUGGCAACUCCGACACGAACGUCAACGUCGCCUCUCGCGACGGCUUCGAUGAGAUGAGCUGCUUUUCCUCGCGCGCGCCGGCGCCGGCGCCCAAGUCCCUCUGUGCGCGGGGAUGUAUGGGCCGCAUCUGUGAGCGCGUCCAGGCGUUUCUGCUAGAUAUUUUCCGAAGUGAAAUGGACUUCGACACAGCGUACACGCAUGCGCAAGCGCGCACCAUGGGCCUUAGCAACUCGAUGUCUCGGACGGAAACUGGGGGCACGGGCGCGUCCAAGAAGUACUUGCACCUCUGUCCGCUGCGGUUCAGAGACCGUAACUUGGAGACGGAGUACGGGCAAAUAUGCGGUCACCUCUUCAUCGGACGCGACUUCCUCGUGCUCUGCUUCACGACGUUCGUCAUCAUCCCCGUGGCUUGGUACCUCGGCUCCUACUGCUUUGACUCCAUCGAACUGCGCGACCACUCCUCCGGCGCCUGGAUUGCCUUCCAUGCCGCCUGCGCCGUCAACCUGGGGGUCAGUCUUGGUUCCCUCUUGAUGAUCCUCUUUCCAGGGAUUUGCUCCUGCACGCGCGGCCACUACGAAUCCUUCUCGUACAUCCUUGUCUUCCUGUGGAUGUCGGUGCUGAUGGUGGUCAUGGCCACGUUCCCCAAGCUCGUGACGGCGCCCGAACCGCGCGAACUCUUGUUCGGCGACACACACAGCCAACUGGCGCAGGAGGUCGUUCAGCUCGCGCCGCCCUGUCGUGUGCUGAGAGGGAACCAGGCCCUCGGGAGCUUCGUUGAAUCUGUGGGAGAAUUUCCAGAGAACUUCGCAGAGGAGGUCCAAACGUGCGUAAGGGAUCCGACGUGCCUCUCGGGCGCCUUCGAACUCGUCUCUCUCAACGCCAAGAGCUGCCGCCAACAGUACUUCUUUAUUAAGGAUCAACGCAUUUUGGACAAUAUCAACGACGCGCUGUGGCUGCCCUUCGCCAUGUACAUUACAUACAUCAAGCGCACGCUGCACGUUUUCAAGGUCCCGAUUAUCGCGCUCGCGUUGAUCAUCAUUCACUUUGGAACGGGCAUGAUGUUCAUGGACAGCUUGUCGCCCUCGCGCACGAAAUUAACCGUCGUCUUGCACGUCAUCGUGGUGCCGAUCUGCGCUCUGCCCUUCAUUAUCCUCCAGUCCACGUAUCCCACGAUCAUUCCCGUCCAAGAGGCGAUGCUUUUCUUUUUUUCCUUUACGUUUGUCGCGUUAGCCGGCUAUGCUGGGCGCUACGCGCAGGAAUUUCAACAUCGGCUUCUCAUCUGCACGUGGCGUGUGACCAGCAAGCGGCUGUCGGCGCUGCACGAUAAGAUAAAGCAGCAGAAAAAGCAGAAGAAAAGCUCUACAGCCGUGGAGGAACUCAUCUCUCAAGUCAAAGAGUGCCAAGGACUGUGUGCGAUGGCGAGGAGCCGCGGGCGUCGGGCGGACGUCAUGGAGGAGCUCGUUCAGAUGGAGAAGCUCCUUGAAGGCAUUCUGGAGACGCUGACGCAGACGGACAACUUGUACUCUGUUAAGUUCACUGAUGACGCCCGCACGAACGAGGUGCAACGCCAGUUCAUUGAGCUGUACCACAACCCAGACAAGCGCCGGCCGCAGCUCAUUCAGGCGUCGACGCUGAAAGGCGCACAGAAGCGCCUCGCCUCCGCCGCACCGGACUCGCUGUGGUCUUCCAUUAACUCUGGAGGCUUGCAGGCGAUUUCGAGUCAAAUGAGCACGCCGACUGGAGACUCUCAAGGCCUGGUGGGCCCGAAGGGCAGCGCCACAGGGCCCGUAAUGGGCUUGGAGUUCAGCUCAGGCUUCGACGCGCUGACUAGCGUCCACGAUAGCGGGUCUUCCAGCUUGGUCUUCAAGACGCUGCCGAUGCCCGAGCAGACGAAUCUUUUGCUCACAACUGUCGGAAUUGACUGGGACUUUGACAUGCUCAAGCUGAGUCAAGAAACCGAAAACAUCAUCGUCGAGGUCGGCUACGCCCUGCUCUGCAGACUCGUCACGGACUGGGGCUGCGAGGACGUGCGCCUCAUUCGCUUCCUGACAUCGAUUCAGUCGCAGUACCUCACAAAUCCGUACCACAACAAAAUCCACGGCGCCGAAGUCGCGCAUCUCACCGAGUGCCUCACGCGAAUGCUGAACGCACAGAGAAACAUGAACUCCGUCGACAAAGUCACCCUAACUGUGGCGUCGAUUUGCCACGACGUUGGACAUCCCGGAAGGAAUAAUCAGUUUUUCAUCAACGCCUUCGAUCCUCUGGCCGUCAUUUACAACGACAUUGCCGUACUCGAGAACUUUCACAGCUGCUUGACCUUCAGGACGCUGGAAAACAAGGAAUGCAAUAUUUUCUCCAACCUCGAAGACAGCGACUUCCGAUACGUGCGGCAGUACCUCAUCGAGUGCAUCCUCGCCACGGACAUGAAGCAACACUUCGAGAGUAUCUCCCGUUUUCGCAUUCGGCGAAGCUCUCCCGAGUUCAACUACGUGAAAAACGUCGAAGAUCGCUGGCUGGUUGCCCGAAUGUGCGUGAAGGUCGCCGACAUAGGACACUCCAGCGUGCCGUGGCCGCAGCACUUUGACUGGUCCUGCCGAGUAGUUGAGGAGUUCUAUCUGCAGGGUGACGAAGAACGCGCCAAGGGCAUGGCUGUCUCGCCUCUCUGCGACCGCGAGAAGCACAUGGACAUGGCCAAGUCGCAGGGCGGUUUCUUGGAGUUCGUCGUCAAGCCGCUGAUCAAGGAACUGGAGGAAAUCGAUCCAUUCGGCCGCGUUGCCGCGGAGAUUUCCGCAAACAUUGAGAUCAACACCAAGAAGUGGACUGCACUUCAGGCAGAGGGCGUCGAGAUCCAGCUGACGCCUCACACCGCACUCGACGGCGCGGAGAAGAACACGGUCACGAUGUACGCAGUCCGCAGGAUCGCAGGCCUUCGCGGGCACCCGAAACGGACUCUGCCGGCGUCGAACGCGGCGGCCUCCGGCCCGGAGGACGCGAAGAAGACAGAACCCGGGCGCAGCCGCACGAUGCUGCACACGGUCUCCUCUGUGCCCGAUGUGAUUCGAAAGCACCUUGCGGAGCCGGACUCGAAGGAGGGCGAGCAUGCAAAGCCCGACGGCGAGCAGCGCGAGAAAUCAGUCGAGUUCAGCCAAGACGCGAACAGCCAGCGCCCCGCGAGCGCGCCGGCGCGCGAGUCACUCCCAAGCACGGUCUCCUCCGGCAGCAACGGGCGGGCCUCGAACGCGGGCUUGAACCUCACGUUCGCCGCCUCAGACACAGUGACGGUCCCCGACACGCCGCGGACCUCGCAGAGCCGCUUCGGGACCUUCAGCUCCAGCGGGCCUGGAGACACCGUGCGCGGCACGAGCCUCGCCGCGAGCUCGAGCAACUUCGAAGAAGAGCAGCGCGUUGCCGUCGCGAGUCGACGCGCGGAAGGCGCUGAAAAGGCUAAGUCGCAGACCCGCGAGAGCUCCGCCGCGUCCGAGAGCGCGCAGGGCUCUCGACAGCAGAGCAAGGGCUCGUCCAAAGAGGCGCCCCGCGUGAGCUUCCACGGAGAUUACUCCGACAACGAAGACAGCAGCUACGAAUCCUCAGACUCCAGCAGCCUCCGGAAAGACGCUUCGCGCGAAUCGAACUCGUUCGAUGAACCUCCGCAGCGGCCGAAGAGAGGGGGUCGAUCUGAAAUCAAGAUGUUCGAGUCCCUGGUUACGGUGCGCGACAAGGAUUCGUUUCCACACAAGAAGUAG